AUGUCUGAGGUACAGAGCAGACCCGUCGCCGCGCGCGGCAGAGGCUCCGGCCGUGGUGGCCGGGGCGGUCUUUCCACUCGGGGAGGUCGCAGCGCGACCAGGACCAACGGCGAUUCCGCAGAGUCGUCGUCGCUGCCAUCUCUAGAAGACGAGGGCGAGAUUGGCCAGCUUAAGAAGCAAUACGGCAGCAAGGUUGCCAUCAUCAAGGAGAUGUUCCCUGACUGGUCCGAUGUUGAUGUUCUAUUUGCUCUCAACGAGACAGACGGUGAUGAGUCCCUCGCCGUCACCCGCAUCGCUGAAGGAACCAUCUCGCAAUGGGGCGAGGUUACCAAGCCCAAGAAGGUGUCCAAGCCCAAGACGAAGACCGAUACUUUCACAUCCACUCCCGUCGAUUCCUUCCCUGGAUCCACGAGACCUGCUAGAGGCGGCCGCGUAGAGAGCGGACGUGGACGUGGCAGGGCCACCGAGCGAGGCGGUCGGGGCGGUGGUCGCGGCAAGCCCCUCAAUGCGACAAUCAACGGCCACAAGACCACAGAGAGCGAGAAGCUUUCGGUUCCCACAGACGAAGCCAACGUAUGGGGCACUCCCAAGCCCGCCGAAGAGGCCAGCGGAUGGCCCGAGGAGAGCUCGCCUGCCACCGAGACUCCUGCCGCCGCGCCUGCUCCCGUUGCCCUUAAGCCCGUUGGGCCCGCACAAAAGACCUGGGCUAGCAUGUUGAGACAGUCGGUGCCGAAGCCUGCCCCCAAGCCAAAGGAGGUUGCUCCUCCCAAGCCUGCUGAGCCCGUUAUCGAGCCUCUCCCACCUGUCGCCGAACCUACCCCUGUCGAGCCUGAGGUUCAGGCUGAGCCCGAAGCUGCUGAGCCCGAAGUCCCAACGCCCGUCGAGGAACCUACGCCCGAGCCUGUCAAGAAGGAGGCUACUCCUCCUCCUCCUCCCGCCGUCCCCGCCCUUCCUAUCGUACCUAUCGAGCCUGCUCUCCCUGCGAUCCCCGUUGUUCCCGAAGUCGCCUUGAAGCCCUCCAAGGAUCAGCUUACCGAAACGAAUCUCGAACAAGUCGCCGAUGAUUCUCACCCCCCACAGACCGAGACCGCUGCGAGCGAAGCCGCCGACUCUUGGGAUCCCCGGGCCCAGGCCCCCAGCGUUACUGCGACUCCCAACUCCGCGUCUCAGCAGCAACAUCAGACUUCCCGCGCCCCUGGCAGUGGCUUUGCUACGACCGCUUCCAAGGCCACCGAUCGCACAUCUACUCGCACUCCCACCUACGCCCGCCGCAUCCUUGACCAGCAGGAGCCCGUUCGCAUGCCUGGCAACCGUGACCAGGUCGAUCGUGCCGCUGUUCAGUUCGGCGCUUUCAGCUUGAACGAGGAGGAUGACAUUGAUGGUGACCGCGAGGAGCCCGAGACUCGUCCUCAGCCUCCCCAGGACUCUCCUGUUACCCAACCUCGCGCUUCUCUGCCUCCUGUGCAGCCUGCUCCGGUUCCCGAGACCUUCGCUGCCCAGAAGCCUGCGGCCUCGCUCCCUCCUACGGGCCCUGCCUCUACCACCACUACCGCACCCCCUACGGCCCCGACCCAGCCUUCUGCCGCCGCGGCCGUUUCUCAGGGUGCGUACUACCUCCCGAUUUCGUCACUUGUAGAUGAUUCACUAAAGACCCCGGCUGAAGCAGCUACGCAACCCCCUACUGCGCCCGCCACACAGCAGUUCGGCCGCUUCGGCCAGCCUGCGCCCCAAGAGCCCGCUUCUUUCGGUGCUUCCAAGCCUUUCGAUGCUUUCGGCCAACAGCCUGGUGCUGUGGCUGCCCAAACCCAGUACGAGACUGGCUUCCCCGGUCAGGGCCAAGCUGCGCAAACUCAGAACCAGCAGCAGCCCGUCGGCGCUUUCAGCUCGGCUCCCAGCGAUUAUUCUCAGUACUACACCGCUGAUCAGAGCCGCUACAACUACUACGGCCAAAACAACUUUGGUCAGCAACAGGGCGCUCAGGGACAGCAAGAUGGUCUGUCUCAGCCCCAGCGCGGCUUUGGAUAUAACGCUCCACAGGCCGAUAACCUUAGCCAGUAUCCUCAGAGCGGCGCUCAGCACACUCAGACUCGCUUCGGUUCUGGUUCUGAGAUGGCUGGUACUCCUACCCCUAACCAGGCUGGUACCCAGGCCCAGACUGCUCAGACGACCCAGGCCCAGACCCACGGCCAGCAACAGCCGCAUGAUCAGUACGGCCCCUAUGGCAGCCACCCUUACUACUCUAACCCUUAUUACUCUGCGUACAUGAACUACAACGGAUACAACCAGGGCGCUUACGGAGCUCCCUAUGGAAAGGGCAACCUUGGUUACCAGCCCAACCAGUACGGCAUGUCUCCCCAGGCGCCUCAUGGAUAUGCUUCCUCCCCUGCCGGUUUUGGACAGUCUACUCUGCACCGUGAGACCGGUGUUGGAGCCGCUGGCCUCAACGAUUAUGGUCGCACUGCUUCCGGCCAGACUGCUCAGCAGCAAGGUCUCGGCGGCAGCGGCUUCGGUGGAAUGCACGAUGCCUUCGGCCGUGGUGGCUCUAGCUACCAGUCUCAGGCUGGUCAGUCAUUCAAUGCUCCCGGAACCCAGCCCGGUGCCGGUCCUUCGGCCUCUGACGACCUGAAGCCUUUUGGUGACUCCAAGGCUGCUUCCGGACCUAGCCCUGCCCUUGGCGGUGCCGCUCGUCCCGGCUCUGCUACCAACAACGCUCCCUCCCAGAGCGGCCUCCCCCCUCCCCAGUCGAACCAGCAGAGCGGUCUCGGUGGCAUGGGAUCUUAUGGCUACCCCAACCACCUCCAGGGACACGGUCUCCACAACAACCAGCAGACCGGUACCGGUUACGGUAUGGGCGCCACCGGCUCCCAGGGUCACCAGAACACCUACGGCAGCUAUGGUGGACAAGGUUUCGGCGGGGGCUACUACGGCAACCCCCCACGUGGCGGCUGGGGUAACAACUACCACUAG